UUCCCCACACAUCUGGUUGCUUUGGUUUUUCUCCAAAACUGAAUACUGCAAAAGCCUGAGGGAGAAAGUGAGGGGGGAAGCGAGAAAGAAGAUAUGUGAAGAAAAGGGAGUGAAAAGUAUUGCAAAAGCAAGGAGAAGAGAGAGAAAGAGGAGGCAAGCAGGUCACAGUAUGGCACUGUUCCCGUUCUGCAAGACGCCCACAGGACCAGUCAGAGUGACCAGAAUACAACUGGUUCUGUACUGUUUUCUCCUGUCUCUUAUCAUAUACUUCCUCCAUGGACGUAAAGCUGCGGUCAGUGUGGAGUCACACCUUGCCUUGGGAAUGGACAGGGGAAGAGUAAUGACAGACAUGAUGGUUACCAAGGCAGCGGCGCCACAAACUCCACUGGAGACACCAUGGGGUGCUCCUUUAGUGUGGGGUGACACCCGUAACUCAGCUUGGCGUAGGGCUAAAUUCUCACAACAGGGAAUCCGCACAGGUCUGCUGGCCCUCGUGGUGGGAACUUAUGCCCAGUUUGUCCGACGUUUCCUCUCUUCAGCUGAAACCCACUUUCUCCCCGGUCAGAUGGUCACCUAUUACAUUCUCACAGACAAUCCCCGCUCUCUGGAUCCCCCCAUCGAGUUGGGGCCUGAACGACAGCUGAAGGUGGUUCAUGUUGCAGAGCUGCCUGGGUGGAAUAGGUUGGCCCAUCGCCGGAUGGCCCUGCUUGCUGAUGCCAUCAGAAGCCCAAUCAGCAGCGAGGUUGAAUACAUCUUCUGUGCUGACAUCGAUCAGGAGUUUGUGGCCCCUGUGGGAGAGGAAAUCCUAGGAGACCUGGUGGCCACGUUGCAUCCAAAACUGUAUGGGAGGCCACGAAAUACAUUUCCUUACGAGGUCGAAGAAGUCUCAUCAGCUUGCGUGGAGGAGGAUGAAGGAGACUACUACUACACCUCUGAGUUGUAUGGAGGGUUGGUUUCUGAGAUGUUCAGUUUGGCUCAAGCCUGUUCUUUGCUCAUUCUGCAGGACCAGGCUAAUAGGAUAAUGGCCAGGGGCCUUGAGGAGAGCUACCUGAACCGCUACCUGAUUGACCACAGGCCAACCUGCGUGCUGUCACCAGAGUACAGCUGGUGGGACUCAGCCUUGGCUGCUGAUGUGCCUGUACAGAGGCUAGUCUCCUUGGGAAGGCAAUGUGAGGAUGACAAUAAGCAGAAGAGAAUGGAGCACAAAUGUUGAAUCAAUUUAAAAGGAAGGACAGGAGGGUUCUGCUGGUCAAACCCAUUGAAGUGUGGAUGUGGAUCUCACUCCCACAGAAGAACUACUGUUUUUAGUGUUAAAUUUCGCAGAAGGUCUCAAUAUAUUGCUCAAAUAUUAGCAAAUAGUGUUAUGACAGGACAGGAGAUGAAGGGAAAAGAUGAAGAGAAAGCACAUAUUCCAAUCAGCUUUAUUUCAUUCAUAAUUUCCAUUACAUUUUCUGUUCUAUUAGCCAAUGAAUGUAGCCUGCAAUCACACAGAAGCAAACUGCACAGUCCGCUCUGAAUUAAAGACCCGUUUGUGUGAACAGCGUCUCUGCGUGCCUGCUAUCUCUUCCACAGAAAUUGACUUGUCUCAUUAAACGAAGCACUGUCCUCUCCAUUAAUGUCAGCCUCAGAGAUACUGCUCCAGUGGCUUUGUGGCCAGCAGCGAUAAGAGUCAACGGUGUAAGUGCACGCUUUCCAAUCAUGGCCAAUCAUUAACUGGAAGAGCUGCUGUUUCAAGGUCUUUAAAUACCAGGUGGGGGGAAAAUGGAUACAACAGGAUGCUGUUUCUCCAGGUCACACGUGUAUAGAAGCUACCAUGUUUAAGCUAAAUAGCUAAAGUUAAAAUAGUUUUGAAACUGGAUAAACUGGUUCAGGAUGUAUUGAAUGUGAUCAUAAAAUGCAUGUAAUCAUUAAAAAAUGUUAUUUUUCCCAUUUAUGAGCUGGAGUAAAAGAUCAGCUCAAAAGACCUGA